AUGGAGACAAGUGAUAUGAACACUGGUGAUACAUUUGCGGACGUCGACCCGCGCCGAUUGUCACAAAAUCGGACUAACGGAACUGGUGCAGCGGUCCAGAAUAACGCACAAGGCGUUUUCGCAUCUCAGGACGCGGCUUUCCAAGCCCAACGAGAAGGAGCGUCGGGUCAACGCUCGGCGUACAUCCAGCCGCCAUCGCAGCCAAGCGCACCACCACCAUCACAGUUCGGCGCGUCACCAGCCAUGAUGACCAACCCGGAUAAUGCAACGAUUGUGCAAAUGUUGAAUUUACUUCAGCAACAAAUGGCCCAGCAGCAGCAAUUCUUCAACGAGUUUUUGCAUCAGCGGCUGCUAAACCAAAGCGCCGCACCAUCCAAAUUCCGAUACGAGAAAGAGGCAGGAAUCACUUUCAAACAAUGGUACUCGCGGUAUGCUGAUUUAUUUCAGAACGACGCUGCGCGAAUCGAUGCCCCCGCCAAGGUUCGACUGAUGCUGCGAAAACUGGGAACGGCCGAGCACGAUCGUUAUUUAUCCUUCAUCCUGCCUCAUCGUCCGUCCGACUUUUCGUUUGAGGAAACGGUUGAGAAGCUAUCAGCGCUUUUUGACGACCAGGAAACCAUACUCAGCAAACGUUUCAAAUGCCUGCAAAUGACCAAGAAGCGGACGGAGGAUCUCUUGGUCUACGCGUGUCGCAUCAACAAAUCUUCAGUGGAUUUCGAGCUUAGCAAGCUCAGCGAAGAAGAUUUCAAAUGCUUGUUUAUCGAGUACGUGCGCACCGAAGAUUUCGGUAAUGCGGAUCUGCUGUCACGUCUUAUAAACACGCACACCAAGCCAGAAGAAGAUUGCGUGAUCGCGAGUUUAGAAGCAGAUAAGCACGCCAAAUUAUGUUUUGGGCCCUUCAACGUCACCAGCGGAGCUAAUGCUAAACCGUCCGAUUCGAACAACAUUAGAUUUGCUACGCCCGACGCAUGCAAGUUCUACGAAGUGCGCUGUUACGAGUAA